AUGUCAGCCAUCUACCUCUACCCCUCCACCUCUUACUCUUCCCCCUCGUCCUCGUCCCACUUCCGACGGGCUACCCCUUGGGACCAGGAUGCUGAGUGGUACUCCGGCUACUCCAGUGGCUCCGCCAUUGACCCCUUCACCUACGCUGUACGAAGUGCACAAAUUCAGGCUCAAGCUCGCAAGGAAGCCGUCGCACGAGCACGAGCUCAGGCUGAAGCCGAGGCAGAGGCCUUUGCCCGCCACCAGUACAUGCUGCAGCGCAGGCAGCAGGAGCGGGAGCGAGCUCUUCGGCAGCGAGCAGAAGAGGAGCGACAGAGAGCUCAGUACGAACAAGCACGACUGGCCAAUGCCAUUGCCAGACAGAUCGCUCAAGCUCAGUACGAGGCAGAACGUCAGGAGAAGAUCCGACGCUUCAAGGCGCAGCAGCAACGAGCUGCUCAGCUAGAGUACCAGCGACGAGUAGAGGCCGCUCAGAAGUAUCAGGUACAGCUUCAAGCACGACAGGCUGCACUUCACAAGGCUCAAGAGGCUCAGCAGCAGCACAAGAAGCAGCAGCAAGUAGGCAUCGAGGAUCUCUUCUUGCCCCCCGGUCUGCAGCAGUUCCUCGGACCUUUCCUUGGUGCUCUGCUGGACAGCGAGGAAGGCGAAGACACAACUAAGGAGGCCGCCGAGACCAAGGAGACCACCGACUCUCGAACCGCCACCAGGGCACCUGUCCCCACUGCCGCUGAUGCUCAGCCCGCUACUUCCCAAGAUCAGACCCCCGCCACCGAAGCUCAGCCUUCGGCUACCCAGGCAAAGCCAACUGCUACCGAGACCACUUCGACUGAGGCCAAGACUACCGACACAAAGGGCAAGGGCAAGGCUGAAGAAGGAGUCUCUACUGGUUCCGCCACGGAGCCUUCUCUCGAGGAUUUCCUUCCAGCCAUCUUCCAGCAGUUCGUCACACCAUUCUUCGGAGCAAUGAUGGACGCUCAGUCCGAUGGACAGGCGGGACCAUCUGGAUGCAAGCGCUCCGCCUGUGGUAGGACUCAGCCUCAGACUACCAAGCCCCAGAGCACUGACGAACAGGCCAAACCUCAGAAUGCCGCUGCGGACGAGACCACCAAGAGGCGCUCUACACCCAGCCCGACUCGAUCUAUCCCGGUAGGCACUAUCAACACACCUCGAGAGGCCGCUCCCACCGCCGCUCCCGCUGCCGGCCCGUCUCCCGCACCCGCCACCACCGAAGCGCACAGUGUCAGUCGAGCAGCCUCUCCCACUCCCUCGGACAAGUCGCACAAUUCCAAUGCCUCUGAUGGAUCCCGAGGCCGAUCCCGCUCCCCCAAGCGAGCCCGAGUGAGCGAUGUUGAUGAGGACGGAAACGAAGUGGAGAAGCUCGAGGAGACGGACCAGGAGCAGGAUAGCGAGGAGUGGACUCAUGCCUAG